CUGAGCUGAGCUGCUCUUGCCGGCUGCAGCCGUGGGCCCUGCUCACCGUGCCGCUGCCGCUGCCUGCGAAAUGACGGCGGUUCCCCUCACUUCCAGGAAUCCACGCUUCCUGGAAGGUGAGUGGCUGGGCUCACCCCUGCCUGCCACCCAGACGCAGACAUGCACACACCGCCCGCACUCCCUCGCCGUUUCCAAGGCGGCGGCCGCGUUCGCACCCCAGGGUCUCACCGGCCAGGGAAGGAGAAUCUGGAGAGGGAUCCCUCAGGAGGGUGUGUUCCGGAUUUCUUGCCUCAGGCCCAAGACGCCAACCAUUUUAUAAUGGAAUCUUUAUUUUGUGAAAGUAGCGGGGACUCAUCUUUGGAGAAGGAGUUCCUCGGGGCCCCAGUGGGGCCCUCGGUGAGCACCCCCAAUAGCCAGCACUCUUCUCCCAGCCGCUCACUCAGUGCCAACUCCAUCAAGGUGGAGAUGUACAGUGAUGAAGAAUCGAGCAGACUGCUGGGGCCAGAUGAGCGGCUUCUGGAAAAGGACGAUAGUGUCAUCGUUGAAGACUCACUGUCGGAGCCGUUGGGCUACUGUGAUGGAAGUGGGCCAGAGCCUCAUUCCCCUGGCGGUAUCCGGCUCCCCAAUGGCAAGCUCAAGUGUGACGUGUGCGGCAUGGUCUGCAUUGGGCCCAACGUGCUCAUGGUGCACAAGCGCAGUCACACUGGUGAAAGGCCCUUCCACUGCAACCAGUGUGGCGCCUCUUUCACCCAGAAGGGGAACCUGCUGCGCCACAUCAAGCUGCAUUCCGGAGAGAAGCCCUUCAAAUGUCCCUUCUGCAACUACGCCUGCCGCCGGCGGGAUGCGCUCACCGGCCACCUCCGCACACACUCAGUCUCCUCUCCCACGGUGGGCAAGCCCUACAAGUGUAACUACUGUGGCCGGAGCUAUAAGCAGCAGAGCACCCUGGAGGAGCACAAGGAGCGCUGCCACAACUACCUACAGAGUCUUAGCACUGAAGCCCAAGGGAUGGCUGGCCAACCAGGUGAUGAGAUUCGUGACCUGGAGAUGGUACCAGAUUCCAUGCUGCACUCAGCCUCUGAGCGGCCAACUUUUAUCGAUCGUCUGACCAACAGCCUCACCAAGCGCAAGCGGACUACCCCUCAGAAGUUUGUAGGUGAAAAGCAAAUGCGCUUCAGCCUCUCUGAUCUCCCCUAUGAUGUGAACUCUGGUGGCUAUGAGAAAGAUGUGGAGUUGGUGACACACCAUAGCCUGGAGCCUAGCUUUGGGGGUUCUCUGGCCUUUGUGGGUACAGAGCACCUGCGUCCCCUUCGCCUUCCGCCUACCAAUUGCAUCUCAGAACUCACACCCGUCAUCAGUUCUGUCUACACCCAGAUGCAACCCCUUCCUGGUCGACUGGAGCUCCCAGGAUCCCGCGAAGCAGGUGAGGGACCUGAGGACCUGGCCGAUGGAGGUCCCCUUCUCUAUCGGGCCCGGGGCCCCCUGACUGACCCGGGGGCCUCCCCCAGCAAUGGCUGCCAGGACUCCACAGAUACAGAGAGCAACCACGAAGAUCGGGUUGGGGGGGUGGUCUCCCUCCCUCAGGGUCCCCCGCCCCAGCCACCUCCCACCAUUGUGGUGGGCCGGCCCAGUCCUGCCUACGCCAAAGAGGACCCCAAGCCACAGGAGGGGCUCUUGCGGGGCACCCCAGGUCCCUCCAAGGAAGUUCUCCGGGUGGUGGGCGAGAGUGGGGAGCCUGUGAAGGCCUUCAAGUGUGAGCACUGCCGCAUCCUCUUCCUGGAUCACGUCAUGUUCACCAUACACAUGGGCUGCCACGGCUUCAGAGACCCUUUCGAGUGCAACAUCUGUGGUUACCACAGCCAGGACCGGUACGAGUUCUCAUCGCACAUUGUCCGGGGGGAGCACAAGGUGGGCUAGCAUCCUCCCUCACCGGUCCUUCCCACUUCAUUGCCCUCCGACAGGAGGUGAGCCCUGUCCCUCGUGUCUCAAGUUUUGCUUCAUAGCCCCACCACUUUGCUCCCUAACCUUACACCUGACCUCCGCCCCUCCUCACCUCUCUCCUCCUCUUCUCUGACUAAAUUCAGUGUUGUGGUGAAACCUGUCUUUUGGGCUUGGGUUUCUCCCUUUUUCUUUUUUCCGCUCAUCCUAGUACAUUACUGAGUUAUUUAUUAAUAUAGUUAGCUGAUACUUUUGUCUUUAAAAAAAAAAACCAUAUAUAUCACUUGCCCAUCCUCAGUCUCCUUCACUUCUGGCCUCAUUUUUCUCUCCCUGACUCAGCUUUCUCCGAUAGCCCCAGGGGUAAGAAGCUCAUCUCAGACCUGAGAGUCCUCAAGCUUCUUACUUCCAGUCCUCACCUUUGACGUGAUAUGAUUCUUCCUUUGCUGUCCAUAAUUCCCUGGGGCCCUCCCUUGGCCCUGUGGCAUUAAAUCUCCUCUCUCUCUCUGGGACCCUUCAGCCUGGUACUCCAUACCUCUUGUGCCCUCUCACUUUAGGCAGCUUGCACUAUCCUUGACCGUAUGAAGAAUUUCCUCACUUGCAAGUAGGAGGGGCUGAAGAAAUUCUCUCCUGGCACUGUGGGAUGGAGGGUCCCAUGAUGGUCCCCCUGAAAUAUGAAUCCCUCAAAGCCUACAUUCAGGAUCUCCCUGUAGGAUGUGGCUGAUCUCUCCCCUCCCCACGAGUGAUGCCCUCGCCCUCUACUCUCUCGCCUGCCACUCUGUUCAAUGGUGGUCUCUCUCUCUCCCCCGGGAGGGCCCCAGUUCUAUUCUCAGGGGCCAGCACUGGGACCACAAACCCUCUGUGUGACAUGCUGAGAGCCACAGGUGCCUCACUGGGACCCCGGACAUGAGAAGGGGGAUUCCCAUUCUCCCUCUGCCACCGCUCACACUCUGUCACACAUGUGACUCUCCGAGGCGCUCAGGGGCUCCAGCAGUCCCCAUCUUUUGAGAAACUGGUGGGUUUCUGCCAGUGAUUGGGGAUACCUCAGCCCUCAGUCAUGCUGCCUUCUUCCUCCCCCACCCUCCAACAGGAUGUACCCUUCUUCCAAGGCUCCCAGGCCCUGUUCGCAGGAGCAGUGGCCAGGAGAAAAGGGUUUCUCCUUUCUUUCUUCUAAUUUUCAGUAGAACCAAAAAUUACCCCCAGGAUGUGCAAAGCCCAAUGCCCGGCACCCCCAUUUCAUUCUUGUUCCCUGCAAGAAUGGGAUGAGCACAGCAGAACUGCGGGUGUGUCAUCCUUUACUCCUCUCUUCUACUCUCAGCUCUCAGACAUGUGCAGAAGGGGGCGCUGUCCUCCUGGCUGCUGCACAGACCCCCUUGACUAUUUGGGUAAUGAAGAUCAGUGAAAGGGCGCAGGAGCAAGUGCAGCUCCUGCAGGCAGAGGGCUCUUUUGGGGGUGAAUUCCCUGCCCCGGGCCGCAGCCAUCCCAUUCUCUGCUUCCUUGAGAUUCAAACCAAAGGCUGUUUUUCUAUAGUAUUAAAGAAAAAAUAAAAAACAGAAAGUAAAAACCAAACACAACACCUCAACAAGUUCUAACACUUGGUCCUCCUGUCUCUCCUUUUCUCUUCCCUUCCAUCUUCCUUUCCACAUGUUCUUUCCUUAUUGGCUCUUUUGCCUCCUACUUUUCUUACUCCCUAUCAGGGAUAAUUUGGGGGGAUGAUAAAGGGUUGGCUAAGGAACAGACCCUAGAAUUGGGGCUUUUAAGGGCUCUACAAAGAGCCCAUCUAACUUCUGAUGGGAAGAGAGACCCUAAGACAAUUUGCUUUCUCCUCCUCUUUCUUCCCCCCCAUGCAUAGUCUCCUGAAGAGAACCAGAAUGGCAGAGAGGACAUUGCCCAUCUUUCCUCCUUAGCAGUAGCAAUAAACAGAUGCUGCCUAGGUCUGAGAAUGGGGGGAGUUUGCUCAGAGGAAUGGGGGCGCUACAAAAGGGGCAUCUUCCCUUGGGAAACUGGCUCUGUUUCAGGAUGGCAGCAGAGCAGAGAAUGUCUGGGGUUCUCCUCAACUGUUCUGGUAACUGAGCCCCUUCCAUUAGCCCUGUCCCUCUACCACCUUUUCUACACUGCUGUAUAUUUAGUGACACCUCAUAAGGACUCAUCCCUUCUGGGGUAUCAGAGCCUUAGCAUGCCCCAGCCCCACCCCUGUCAACUCUGGCACUUGUGACCUCCUAGAAUAGAAAAGACCACAUUCA